AUGCCAACCCCAGUGUUGGCCGACUCCAUUAUUGGUGAGACCGCAUUGAUGCACUCUACAGACCACGGACUAACUCGAGCAUUAUCACUCAUAGCUGCUUGCGCCACACCUAGCCUCAAGGCAGUGUUUGUUGUGAAUGUGGCGUUGAUAACUCUGGAUGUGGCGCUGUGUCAAGCUGUCAUCGCUCUCUGUGUUUGGUGCCUUUUCGCGAGGAACAGGGUGUCGCUAUACACCGUGGCUCUCUCUUCGAUCUUUUUCAAGGGGAUGGUGCACCCGAGUUUUACCAAGAGCCUGACGAUUAUUGCCCUCGUGUCCACGUCCGGCUUUAUAGACCAUAGCGCGCUAGAAGGUUUUUUCAGAGUAUCCAUGCGCAACGGGAAGCAUUCAAGUUCGAUAUCGGCUUUCAUACUUGUCAUACCAUCACUCAGGAUCGCUACUGCGCUCAAUCAUCGUUCUUUCAUUGACUGGCUGGAUAUGAAUAUUGUUUAUAAGGCGGCGUCGUCGUCGGUGCAACCAUUGUCUUUGUCUGCCAUGCGUUACUCCUCAACAUUCGAUCUACAUCUGCGGCGCUUCACAGCGUGGCUCCUCAACCACGCAGAACUCAGUCGUGUCCAAAAGACCAUGGGAAACCGUGAAGACGAGAUUUCGAGCGAGGCAGUUCUAGCGACACAGAACUCCCCAUGA